CUACAGUCGGUCAGCUGACCGUCAGCGGAGUCUGCUGUCUGUCAAACGCUGAAAGCGAUCGUUGGACCGAACUAGCGGUCCUGCUGAGGCUAUCACAGAGUGGAUACGCGCGGAUGGUCAUGGAGGUUCUGGACGUGUUGAUGCAGGCUCUGGCCGUGUUCGGGUUCCUGCUCUUCUUCGUGCUCUGGCUCAUGCACUUAAUGUCAAUCAUCUACGUGCGUCUUCAUCUUCACAAGAAAAGGUCGGAGGUCAAAGAGCCCUUUGCACAGCUGGCAGGAGUUUCUCUGCUGAAGCCACUGAAGGGCGUUGACACAAACCUGAACCACCUAGAGACGUUUUUUACCCUGGAUUACCCCAAGUAUGAGGUCCUGCUUUGUGUCCAGGAACAAGAUGAUCCGGCUGUCGAUGUUUGUAAGAAGCUGCUCGGCAAAUACCCCAACGUAGACGCUCGAUUGUUCAUCGGGGGGAAGAAAGUUGGAAUCAACCCCAAGAUCAACAACCUGAUGCCUGGCUACGAGGGAGCCAAGUACAACCUGAUCUGGAUCUGUGACAGUGGCAUUAGAGUGAAACCCGACACCCUGUUGGAUCUGACAAAUCAGAUGACAGAGAAGGUGGGAUUGGUUCAUGGUUUGCCAUAUGUUGCUGACCGCCCAGGCUUCGCUGCUACGUUGGAGCAGGUGUAUUUUGGGACGUCCCACCCUCGUUCCUACAUCUCUGCUAACGUGACGGGGAUAAAGUGUGUGACGGGAAUGUCGUGUCUGAUGAGGAAGGAUGUGUUGGAUCAGGCCGGCGGGUUGGUCACCUUUGCUCAGUAUAUCGCAGAGGAUUACUUCAUGGCUAAAGCCAUCGCCGACAGAGGUUGGAAGUUCUCCAUGGCAACACAGGUGGCACUACAGAAUUCUGGAUCAUAUUCUAUUGGGCAGUUCCAGUCUCGCAUGAUCAGGUGGACGAAGCUGAGGAUCAACAUGCUUCCUGGGACUGUCCUGGAACCUGUCUCUGAGUGCUUCUUGGCCAGCCUCAUCAUUGGCUGGGCUGCUCAUCAUGUGUUCAGGUGGGACAUGAUGGUCUUCUUCAUGUGUCAUUGUCUGGCCUGGUUUAUAGCAGACUACAUCCAGCUGACCGGAGUUCAGGGCGGCCCGCUGUGCUUCUCCAAGCUGGAUUUUGCAGUCGCAUGGUUCAUCAGGGAAUCGAUGGCCGUGCAGAUCUUCCUGUCGGCGUUAUGGGAUCCCACCAUCAGCUGGAGAACGGGCCGCUAUAGACUGCGCUGCGGCGGCACAGCCGAGGAAAUCCUCGAUGUCUAGUCACCGUGGCACCUGUCUGUGAUGCCAAACAGCAGGACGUGUUUGCUUUUAUUAAGAGAAGCGUUAAAGACUGUUUUAAUGUGAGGUUUAAUAUAUUUAUCUUCCUUUUGGUGCUAAAUGAAACGAUGCCAGAACAAGCCAAUGAGAGUGCAGAAUGGCAUUAAAAAAAACCGUGCAAGUCAAGUGGUUGAGGCCAAAAAAGAGCCAAUCAGAAGAGAGUAAGUGCACCUUCUGCUCCCCUGAUCUUCACAUAUUUGAAGUUUGUGAUGUUUUUAUAAUGUGAAAAUUCUUACUUUUAAUAGUGUUAUCAGACUCUUGGGGGCAGCAGAACUUCAGGACGAUCCAGUCCUGUUUUACAGUGCCUCUAAAAAGCAGUUGGCCCUUUUGACUUUUAGGUGGCUUUGUUUUCAACCAAAAAAAAAGAAGGGAGGUGGGCUUUUUUUCUAAUUGCGAUGUUUAAAUUCAGCAAUGGCAUGUGUUAAGUCUGAUGGGAUACAUGUUUCUGAAGACUGGUGCGGGAAGCCACCAAGGCGUUACAAACUUCAGAGGGUCUGAUUGGAGAACUGCCCCUUCCCGCCCGGCCACCCCUUCCCCUCGUUGCACCAGUCACAGCUUCAUAGACUGAUAAAGAAAUUAAAUCUAGGCCAGAAUUUUUCAAAGUGGGGGUGACGUCAUACAGCAAAAUCAUGAAAGUGAAGGGGACUCAUGCUUUUUGGAGGCACUGUGCCUUUGAUCUGAUAUGAAGCAGAGAAGUUUAUCAGUGCUUUGGUUAUGAGCAGGACUUACAGGAACAGCCAAUCAGGUCUUCAGGUCACAGAUGCGAAUCUGUCUCACGGCUUUAACAGUUUCAUGUAAAAAGAGCCACCCACAAAAGAAGCCAAGCUCGUAUGUGUAAAAUAGAAAAGAAUAUCGUGAGACGUCACGACUUGAUUUUAAUGUCAAAAUAAAAUACUACUUGAUCUCAGUCCAGUUGUGGGCGGGGCUAAACGUUUUGGCACAGUAUUGUUUGACAAGAGGUCAAAACAUUUCAGUGGACCAACAGGAAUAAAGAUGUAAAGAUUUUUAAAAAAAAACAUUUCUGAAUGUUUGUUGUUAACUGUUAGUGCCACUGGAAGGGGUUUGAUUGAUGACGUCAGUCUGACGAACCCGCUGUCCAACAUGAUCGUUUUUAUUAAUUCUUCUUCACUGGUGUAGAUAUUUUGAGAACUGGCCAAUCAGUCAAGGAUUGUGUCGCAGAAACAAUAAAGUUUCCUUUCCCAAAGCUCAA